AAGCUCGCCUUUCAAACUGCGCCAUAUCUAUUGACGAUCAACAUGGCGGGUCCUGUGGCGAAGAAAUGUCUCAGCCCUCUGUCCUUCCUCACCAGGAGGCUGUCUGCUCCGGAGUUCAUCACCCGGUGCUGCUACCACAAGAAGGUGGUGGAUCAUUAUGAGAACCCGAGAAAUGUUGGCAUACUGGACAAAAACUCCAAGAAUGUUGGGACUGGCUUGGUGGGUGCUCCAGCCUGUGGAGAUGUAAUGAAGCUCCAGAUUGAGGUGGACGACCAGGGGAAGAUUGUGGAUGCCAGGUUCAAAACUUUUGGCUGCGGCUCUGCGAUUGCCUCCAGCUCUCUGGCCACCGAGUGGGUGAAGGGCAAAUCUGUGGACGAAGCUCUGACAAUAAGGAACACUGACAUUGCCAAAGAGCUGUGUCUUCCACCGGUUAAACUUCACUGCUCCAUGCUUGCGGAGGAUGCCAUCAAGGCUGCCUUGGCUGACUAUCGCCUCAAGCAACAGGACCACCAGCAGGAGGCAGUCAGGGCCAGCAACUAAACAGAGCCCUCUCACUCUGAGCUGGAAGCCACUGUUUCCCUCCUGCUGUCAAGAUGAGAAGUAGCAGUAGUCCAGCACCCUCACAUUCCUGCAGUGUUGAUGAGGCACACCUAAUAUGUUGAUAACCAGCACACUAUCGUCAAUCCUCUGUAGCUGUGUUACACCAGGUGUCAUGUAUUAGUCUGUGGUCCUCCUGCCCUGUAUUUAGCCUGUCACGUAAACGCACAAUGUUAAAGCACUGUUUGGGCUGUUGGUACAGUGGUGAGCCUUACUUUUGAGACUGUUAUAUUUUAAGAUGUUUUGCUUGAAGAGUUUAAAUGGUGUGAUGGAGAUAUUGAUGAAAGCUCAGAGCUGUAUCCUAUCCGCACCCUAAGCACUGACCUUUUGAUAUGCAACCUAGCAACGUGGCUUGAAACAAUAAAAAGGGUCCACUGGUUUUAAGUGUAAUUUAUGAUUAUGUAGUCAUGCUUCCUUGACAAGUCUGCAAUAAAAGUAUCCUGAAACCAAA